GACCGCGGAGUUGGGACUCAGGCAGUUUCGUGUGUGUUCUCCGAGUGGAGGGGUGAUUGCCAGGACCCAGGAACAGAAGUGGUGGCGAGGGCUCGAGGAGGCUGUGACAGUGGACGUGGGACCCAAGACCCCAGGCGCUGGGAGGAAGACACACGUAGGGCGACCCCUUCCCUCGCCCCGGAGUCACCCAGGUCUUUGGGAGAGGAAGGAGGUCGAGGAGGAGGCUCCGGUUCCGCUGUCUUCAACCCUUACUGGACCAACUGCUGGGAGCCUACGCCGGGUCUCGUGCAGCGGUCCCUGGGGUGGCCCUAGUGACACUGCACCCCAGAGCCCGGCUGGAAUCUCCCGUGUCUGGGCCGCGGGAGGGCGGAGCGGCCAGCGGGGCCGCGGGUGGGAGGAGCACCACUAGCGGCGGGGCUCCGGCGCUUUUGAGCCCAGCCGGGGUCGCGGAGGCCGCGGGUGAUCCGGUUCAGCGGCCGCGGGGCAGUAUCCGGAUCCAGCCUCCAAAUCCGCUGCGAGCAGGCACAGAUCCGAGAGGUGGCCAUCGCCUCCAGGGACGCCAGCAGCCCGCGUUUCUCGGGAUACCGUGGAGAAGUUGGCACCCGUGUCGGGGCAGCUGGAUGUGGCGUGCUGGUACCAUUUUCAGACUCAACCUUUGUGACCUGGAAAUGCCAAUAGAAGCCAUCACCAGGGGUUGUGGGGAACCGACACUUUGAGCUUUGGGGACAGAAUCAGAGAUGGACAGUCCUUCAGCCGACUGAGGUAAUUAUAGGAGGCUAUCAUCUUUCCGCUGAUCAGGGGAUCAGAAUCCUGACAGAGGCAGGGCCUCUCCCUUCAGCUGAGCGGUGGGAGGCAGCCCUGGAAGACUGAGCAUCAAGCUGGCAGCCCUCGGCUCUCUACCCCAGGGGAUGGCUGGGCAGCCUCUAGUGGCAUAAGCUCAGCUGCGAUCCCUCCCGGUGCCACCUUCCCGCUCAUCCAUUGUCAUGCCACCUCCUUGCAUUUUCUGCAGAAGUGUCCACCGCUCUGUUUGAUUUGAUGGAUGAAGAAACUGAGGCUCAGAGACGUUAAGAACUCCCCUGAGGUCACACAGCUGAUGACAGACAACCCUCAGUGCCUUCAUUAAGCUGCCGAACCGCCACGUCUCUGGUGACAGCAUGGACAGACUGAGUUCUAAUUAAGGAUCAUUGCACACCAUCCUUUCCAGAGGACGGUGAAAAGAGAGCUUCUCUCUGUCCUGCACCGUGAACCUUCUUUCCAGGUCCUCACCCCUCGGGGACCCAGGACUGUCACAAAGAUUAAUUAGCCCUCAGCCCCUUUGGAUGGGAAAGGAAGUCACCUGUAUUAAGUUUGAUUAACAUUUCGUCAAGAGACGUUAUCGGCUAUUCAAGGAAUGCUGACGAAGCUGGCUACUUGAUUUCCGGAAGAGACACAUUUUAUGCAAAAAGAGCCAUCUCACUCAGAGUGGUCCACUUAGCCUCUGAGUAUCACAGGGUGAUGUCCGGUGCACCGGGGUGGCUAUCACCCAGCGGAAGUAAAAUCGGCCAUCGCAGGCCUUGAGGGCCCCUGGGAAUCCCUGCCUUGCCUUGUGACCCAGCCUCCAUCUCUGGGGUUUUUCUUUCAAGUUCCUCCUCCGUUAGGCGUGAUUUCCUGCAGCCCAUCACAGGAAAGCAGAAACUGGCAGCCAUGAAGAGAAGGACCGUCAAACUGCUCACCUUCUUCGUCCUCUUCAUCUUCCUCACCUCCUUCCUCCUGAACUACUCCCACACCGUGGUGACCCCCACCUGGUUCCCCAAGCAGAUGGUCAUCGAGUUCUCGGAGAACCUGAAGAAGCUUAUCACCUACUCGCACAGGCCCUGCACCUGCGCCCGCUGCAUCGGAGAGCGAAAGGUCUCGUCCUGGUUCGAUGAGAGGUUCAACUGGUCUGUGCAGCCGCUGCUGACGGCGCAGAACGCGCUCUUGGAGGAAGACACCUACAGCUGGUGGCUGAGGCUGCAGCGGGAGAAGCAGCCCAGUAACUUGAAUGACACCAUCAAGGAGCUGUUCCAAGUGGUCCCUGGGAACAUGGACCCCCUGCUGGAGAAGAAGUCCGUGGGCUGUCGGCGCUGUGCCGUGGUGGGCAACUCAGGCAACCUGAAGGAGUCCUGGUACGGGCCUCAGAUUGACAGCCAUGACUUUGUGCUAAGGAUGAACAAGGCCCCCACCGUGGGCUUUGAGGCCGACGUGGGAAGUAAGACCACCCACCAUCUCGUGUACCCUGAGAGCUUCAGGGACCUGGCAGAGAACGUCAGCAUGAUUCUGGUGCCCUUCAAGACCCUGGACCUGCAGUGGGUGAUCAGUGCCGUCACCACGGGCACCAUCACUCACACCUACGUUCCUGUCCCCAAGAAGAUCAAAGUGCAAAAGAAUAAGAUCCUGAUAUAUCACCCGGCCUUCAUCAAGUACGUCUUCGACAGCUGGCUGAAGGGCCAUGGGCGGUACCCGUCCACCGGCAUCCUCUCGGUCAUCUUCUCCCUGCACAUCUGUGAUGAGGUGGACUUGUAUGGCUUCGGGGCAGACAGCAAAGGGAACUGGCACCACUACUGGGAGAACAACCCAUCAGCGGGGGCUUUCCGCAAGACUGGGGUGCACGAUGGAGACUUUGAGUCCAAUGUGACAGCCACCUUGGAGUCCAUCAACAAAAUCCGGAUAUUCAAGGGGAGAUGACGCUGCAAAGGGUUCAGGACGGCUGUACCGGAGCACACCUCUCGUGUCAGCCCCAGCUUCUCGUCGGAGCUGUCACCUUCCGCGAGCUUCCAGGGCCAGCCUCAGGGGUGUGCCCAGGUGCCCCUCUCAGCCUCUUGCAUCCCAACAUUUGACAACAUCUACUCAGCAAGGUCACCAAGCCUUGCCAGGGUUUUAGAGCAAAUCACAGAACUGGCGUGGGUGGGAAGACACGCUCAGUGCCGUCCCAGGGCUGAGGGAAGGUGGGGAGAUGCGGGAAAGGUCCAUUCUCCAAGCACAUAGGUCAUCUGGACUUUGGAGGCCGUGGGGCAGCAGAUACUGAAGACUCCCAAUGUUGUAAAGGAAAGGACAGUUUCCCAGGGAAAAUGGGCAGAGACGUCCUUCUGCCGAGGAGCCCGGGGCUAACUCCCAACCCGGUUCUCGCUGGGACGUUUCUGAGUGAGGAGGGCCUCCAGGGCAGGGCCACGUGGCCCAUGCCAGCCCUGGGGACGAGGUGACGCCUUUCUUUGCACGACACCUGGCCUGUCACGUGGUGUGACACGCCCAUCUCUCCGUUUCUUCCCAAAGCUCGUGUGUGGUAGCCAGGAGAAGCUCCCCACCCUAAGGUCGUCAUGCUGGCAAGGUUUCUGACUCCAGCAGACGUCUUCUUCCCAAGCUGAUAUGCUCUUGAGUCAUCAAUCCUUGUGGUGAAAAUUAUGGCUGAGAGCAGAUCUGACUACUUCCAUGUGCCUUCGUAUUGGGGGAGAAAUGCAUGCAUUGGCUGAAAGGAGGCAAAAGGCCCGGUUUGGGAAAAGGGACCCCUGGCAACGGCCCUCCUUGCUUCAAAGCUGGGGACAUCUUUUGUAGUUUCCUGAGCCAGCUCCUGACUUGGAACAAAGCUCGGAUGACACUCAACGCCUCUCAGAGGCUCAUGAGCCAUGGAACGUCACUCUUAUUGUCACAGACUAUUGGAUUUGGUGCCUGUAACCUUCCAAGCCCAUGCUCUGGGCCCCGUCCCUGCCACUGGCCACCUGCAUGGUGUCCGGAGGGUUUGGGGACCAUCCGAGGAAUGUGACUGUCAGAGCGGGAGAAGUCAUACCUCAUCCUCUCACUCUUCCUCGUUCACCUUUCUGAUUAUUUAUUGAUUUUUCUGUUGUUGAAUUCAGCUGACAUCGUGUGCACUUUCUCACUCUAUUGCUGGUUCCGGGAUGCUAAUUAAGUUAGCUCCUGCCCCACCUGGCAGCUGGGGAGUGGGGAGCUUAACACAAGCCUUAUAGGAAUCCUCAGACUCGGGGGUUGGCAGUACCUAGGGCUCGGGGGCUCAUUGAAGGGCAGAUCCUGGGGUGGCAGGUGGGUGGGUUUGUGGAACGCCCUGUACCUCCUUUCAGCCCCUCCUUCCUUUGUUUACCUUGUGAACUUGGAUUCAGUCUCAGGCUACGACUCUCCGAAAACCUUAGGGCCAGGUGGGGAGUGGAGUCACAGGCAAAGGAGGACGUGGAUGGUUGGCUCCAGUUACUGACAUUUAAUCAGAAAAAACCACUUUUCCUGUUGACAGCUUUUCCCAAAAGGCCGCUGCUGCUUUGAGGAGUUGUGACAGGCUCCUGGUGGGGUGUGAAGGCUGCCAGGGUCUGCGACCUCUGCUCCCUGUAGUGCUCUGGUCAGCCCUGCUCUCUCUGGCCUCAGUUUCUCCAUAUGCAAAUGGGGGGCAGAUGGAAUUGUGGGUGCUCAGGGGCCACAGGUGGUGUCUGGCAGCUCAUAAGAGUCCCGGGAAAUUGCAUGCCAUGUUUAAUUUUUCCUUGUCUGUACAUAUGAGCAUUUUCCUGGGGAAAGGUUCCAUAGCUUUUAUUAGAUUCUCAAAGAUUCAGAAUCCAGAAAGUGUUAAAAAAAA